CAGGUUUUCCCCCCUACGCCGGGCAAGAUGGCGGCGGGAGCGCCGAGGUGGAGCAGCUGCUCAGUCUGAGCAGCUUUUACAUGCGAUUUACUCACUCAAAUACGUAACUUAAAGCUGAAAACAGCACGGUUUUGUUGGUUUGUAAGUUACCUCUCAACUUUCGUUAAGUUUUGAAUAUUUUUUUAGUCAGGAUGUUCACAUUUUAGUCAUCUUUUACUCUGGUCCGAGUGAACAAGGCGGAAAGUAUAAUGGGAGAGAAGCUCGAGCUGAAGCUCAAGUCGCCGGUCGGAGCCGAAGCUGCGGGAUAUCCGUGGCCUUUACCGGUAUAUGAUAAACAUCAUGAUGCUGCACAUGAAAUUAUCGAAACCAUCCGUUGGGUGUGUGAGGAGAUCCCGGACCUUAAACUGGCGAUGGAGAACUACGUGCUCAUUGACUAUGACACGAAAAGUUUUGAGAGUAUGCAGAGACUAUGUGACAAGUACAACAGAGCUAUUGACAGCAUCCACCAGCUGUGGAAAGGUACAACUCAGCCGAUGAAACUGAAUAAAAGGCCUUCGAACGGCCUGCUCCGACACAUCCUGCAGCAGGUCUACAAUCACUCCGUAACGGACCCGGAGAAGCUAAACAACUAUGAGCCCUUCUCUCCGGAGGUGUACGGAGAGACUUCAUUCGACCUGGUGGCUCAGAUCAUUGAUGAGAUUGAGAUGAUGGAGGAGGACACUUUUGUGGACCUGGGCAGCGGUGUUGGCCAGGUGGUCCUUCAGGUGGCUGCAGCUACUAACUGUAAGCACUACUAUGGUGUGGAGAAGGCCGAGAUUCCAGCAACGUACGCAGAGGCAAUGGACCGAGAAUUCAAAAGGUGGAUGAAGUGGUACGGGAAAAAGCAUGGAGAGUAUACACUGGAGAGAGGAGACUUUCUGUCUGAAGACUGGAGGGAAAGGAUAGCAAACACAAGUGUUAUUUUUGUGAAUAACUUUGCCUUUGGUCCAGAGGUGGAUCACCAGCUGAAGGAACGAUUUGCCAACAUGAAGGAAGGUGGAAAAAUUGUAUCCUCAAAACCUUUUGCACCUCUCAACUUUAGAAUCAACAGUCGAAACUUGAGCGAUAUCGGCACAAUAAUGCGCGUUGUCGAACUUUCUCCACUGAGAGGCUCGGUGUCUUGGACGGGGAAGCCAGUUUCCUACUAUCUGCAUACAAUAGACCGUACCAUACUUGAAAACUAUUUUUCUAGUCUUAAAAAUCCUAAACUCAGGGAGGAGCAAGAAGCAGUGAAACGGCGUCAACAGAAGGAGAACAAGGACAGUAAAAGUAGCAACACCACCCCAACCAAGCCAAAGGAGCACAAGGAGUCAGGUGGUGAGGAGGACACCUCGGGGGCACUGGUACCUGUAAAGUCAUCACCUAAACCUCGUCGUGCCAAGCUGAUGGCCAAGGGCCGCAAGCUGAGCAACAGGAAGCGCGGGCGCCCCAAGAAGUCCAUCAUGGCAGCAGCCACCGAACGCAAGACCAAGAAAAAUCAGAGUGCUCUAGAUCUACUUCAUGCCAAGACUGUCUCAGCAGCACCUCCUCAGGAUGGAUACAAAUCGCCUCAAAGUCCCUACUACCAGCUACCUCCUAAAGUUCAGCAUUACACACCUGGCCAGCUGAUGCUCAGCUCCGUUCCUGCGGGCCUGCAGACUCUACUGGAUAAUUUCAAAGUCCAGUACAUGCAGUUUUUGUCCUAUAUGAAGACACCACAGUAUCAGACAAGCAUACAGCAAGCUCUGGAGAGAGAGAGGCUCAGAAACACUGAACUGUCGGGUCAAGCCCAGCGCCUGUCAAGCGUCUGUGACGCAGAGAAGGAGAGGAUCAGGGAACAGUUUCAGGGCAAAUUAGAGGAGCUGGGGGUAAAAGCAGUGACCGUCGAGGACCUGGAGCAGGCGCAGAAAGAGAUAUUGGCGCAUAAUAUGCAGCUGAAAGAGCAGACCAAGCAGCUGGAGAAAGAUAUGACUGAGCUUAAAGACCAGAGUGUGCUACUCCUGAAGGCUCGCUGUGAAGAACUGAAACUGGACUGGGGGUCUCUGUGUCUCGAGUCCCUUUUAAAGGAAAAGGCUGCUCUGCGUAGACAGAUCUCUGAGAAGCAGCGCCACUGUCUAGAACUUCAGAUUAGCAUAGUUGAGCUGGAGAAAAGCCAAAGACAACAGGAGCUUCUGCAGCUCAAGUCCUCCUACAGCCCAUGUAAAGACUCUCCAUACCGCAAGAACAUCCCUAGUCUAGAGCCCCGCCCCCCACCUGACACUAACACCCCCAAACUGGCUGAGCUGAAUGGCCUUAGCCCCGAGCUGUCUAUGAACGGCACAGCGUCUCCUAGCUAUGAGCGCGGAGGCACCAUCAACUGCUUCAAUGGCAAGAACGAGCUUCUCUCUCACUACCUGCCGAUCUCACCCGAGCACGAGAUUGUUCCCCCUACUCCAGAACCUCGGAGCAGGCCUUUAGGGCAGCCCCUGCCUGACUACACACGCUUUUCACCAGCCAAGAUUGCCCUGCGCAGGCACCUCAACCAGGACUCCUCUAUAGGCCAGGCCAGGGCGCUCAGCACCAUCCACAGGGGUGACGCUGGUGUCGUUUCCUCUCCAACUUUGAAACUGGGCUGCUCCUCACCAAGUAUACCAGAAACUCAACAAACGAACGCACUCAAAGGUGUAGAGAGAGUGAAUAAGGACAAGAGCCCAGCUGGUCCAGGUGACAGUAUAACCAGUCUCCCGAUCAGCAUUCCACUCAGCACUGUACAUCCCAGCAAACUUCCUGUCAGCAUCCCACUGGCCAGUGUAGUGCUGCCCAGCCGUGCAGAGAGGCUGAGGAAUACGCCGAGUCCUAUGUCAAGUAGAGAGCAGGCAGCAGGGCAAAACAAGCAGCCUCUAACACCUAACUCGGGGUUGAUGAACGGCUCCCACUCUGCGAUGUGUGAUCAAGACUGCAACUCCAUGUCCCCUCCACCCCACAGCAACCCCCUGCUGGGUCUUCAGUCGCGUGGAUCUGGCUCCAGCCCUCUGCUGAGCACCGGAGGAGUGCUGCAGUACGCAGACAGACCGCCUCGUCUUCCUGAUGAGGGGCACCAGCAUCACGCCCUUGAAUCCGAUCCCGAGACUCUAGACAGCGAGGCUCGUCGCCACAUGUUCUUCUCUUCCUCGUCCUCGACGUCGUCAUCCUCCUCUUCCGUAGGUGGCUCGCGUCCUCAUCAUGGAUCAUCUAAGCAGGGCAAGCAUCACAACAGCCACCACCAUCACCACCACCACCAUCACUCACCCGGCUCUCACGGCUCAGAGGGACGCAAGAGAGGUCGCCGGAAACGCAGCUCCUCCAGCCUGAUUCCAGCAAGUGGAUCUCCAAAAAAGAGAUCAUUCCCUGGGAUUAACUACUCCUCAGGUUCCCCACUUAAUAUUAACACCAUGGUAAACAACAUCAAUCAGCCUCUGGAAAUCUCGGCCAUAUCGUCUCCGGAGCAGACGGGUGGCAGCCCGUGUGAGACGGACCUGGACCAGCCGCCAGUACUGAAGAGAGAGCGCCCUCUGGAGAUCAAUGGCUCCAACCGUGACUUAUCCAAUCUCAGCUCAGACGAUGAGGAGACCGGAUAUCCAGCAGACAGCAGCUCCUUACGAAUUGAAAGAAAAAUUGCAACAAUUUCUCUGGAGAGCCGAGAUGGUGAGAGGGGUUCACAAGGCCGUAAAUCAGGAGCCAGUAGCGUGAGCAGUGAUGUCUCAUCUUCCUCCAGUAAAUGGAAGUCGACCUUUUCACCCAUCUCUGACCCCAAGCCCACGCCUCCAGACCUCCGCCAAAGCAGCUCUCCUUUCUGUGGUGGCAUGUCCUGUGGCCCAGACUCCGACUCUGAGCAGAAACCGCAGAGGAGAGCAGACCGGGACCGGAGCGAGCAUUACGGGAACCCUAAACCCUUCCUGGGUCUGGACAAAUCCAGGGAAUCGUUUCCUAAACAAAAGGCACGGGAGUGGGAGCUGAAGGCCAUCGGUAGUCUAACCAGCCAGAACCUCUUCAUCUCUGCUGCAGCUGGCGGAGGCCUCCUGUGUGGGAAAGCGGGUAGAGCCACUGCAGUUUCCUCUGCGUCCUCCGUGGGGCAGUAUUUCCCUCUGGGCGGAACCUCGGUCUUGCAGUCUUUAUUCGGAGCGCAGGCUCCCAACCCGGCCACCAGCGGACCUCCACGAUUGGUCAACGGUCACUCUGUGCUGGGCAGCUUUUCUAGUGCUGGACUGGCAGGGGGCGCUGCAGGAGGGAUUUUUCACCACAUGACGCCUUCAGUGUCCUCUCAACAGUCUGCGCCCCCCAGUUCCCAGCACAGCCACUCCUCCUCGCAGCAGAGGAAUCUGGACUCCAAAGCCGGGGCCUUGUUCCUGGCCCAAUAUGGCCGCACGCAGACUGUCCUGCAUACUCCCUCCCCUCCCGCGCUUUCCCUACCUCCCCCUCCUCCCCUUCUCAACACUUCCUCCUCUUCCUCCGCUCCUCUCCAGCCCUCCCCGCCAUGCUCAGAAAGGAAGCAACCCGUUUCCCUCCAAACGCUACAUGUGCCCGCUGCCUCCUCUUCAUCCCCCUCUCCUGCUCCUGUCACCUGUAUCACGACCACUCCCGCUGCCUCCUCUUUGUCUCGGCCCUUUACACUGCCCUACCUGCCUUCUUCAAGCAGCGGCGGCGGUGGUGGAGGAGGUAGCAGCAGUGGGAUGGUGACCUCCUGGAGGACUCUGGGUAUGCAGGUGCCCUACACUGCUCGGCCCAGAUAGCGGUGCCAUGAGCACACGGGGAGGGAGGGAGGGUGUCAGAACUUUGGGGGAAUUUAUAAUUAGGAGCUGCUGUAUGGUACCUGCCAAGCUUUUGCCGCAGUCUGAACAAGGUAACUGAAGCUAAUCUACCUCAACCCAAUGCAAACCUAUGCAAUGGAGAAGGUGUAGACCAUUGGACUCUCCAUCACCGGUGCUCCGACGUUAGUUAAAGCCACCCGGCGGUGUCAGAGCAUGACACCGGCGCAUCUUACAGAAACACAUGCGUGUACACACACACAUACACACACACAAAUAAACAAACAGGUCAGGACCACUCAACACAAGUCCAGUUAAAGUUCUGAAAGGGAGGCACUGACAAAAGUGAAUACGCUUUUCAUCAUCAGUUUAAUUGUGUGUUUAAACAACGCCUUAGCGGAUGGGGAGGUUCGAUUUUCGUAUUGUGUUUGGAAUCUGUAAAAAUGUUUUUUUUUAUUUUUUAUUUUUUUUAGUCCAGUAAAAUUAAAGCAUCAGCUGAGCAUUUAAACUUUAAACUUAUUGGACAUUUUGCUCAGUGCUGAAGCUCAGCACUGUGUCUUAGCCUUUGAACGUUGCCUGGAUUAUUACGACUCACCUUCUUUUUAGAGGUAAAUGUGGGAAUAUAGACUUGAACAUGAAAAUGUGAUUAUGAAAAAAAACGGAAAACUGUAAUAGCAUCAUGAUUGAAACCAUUUGAAGCUGCAGUAUUUGCUGCAUUAUGUGCUUAUAUAUUCCUUUACAUUUACACUGGGUAGAAGACUGUUCACUACAAACAAGUGAGGAAACUCGUGCGUUGUUUUGGGUUUUUUUUUUUUUAUAUAUGAAAACUCAUCAACACAGUGGCAAAAGCACAAAUGUAUUUAACAAAACCUCAAUAAGGCUUUUAAAGAGAAGUGUAUUAAUGUAUAAUAGAAUAGGUUAUCAUUUAAGAACAAAAAAACAACAGAUGAGAUAAUUUCAUUGUUUUUAAUCUGAUAUUUCUUAACGAUGCCUAGACCUGUAAAGUUAGAGCUCAGAGUUGGACAUGAUUUAAUUAAAUCAGGUGAUUUUUUUUUUUUUUUUUUUUUUUUUCCUUUUUCUUCUGAGACAAAUAAAGAUUCGUGGUGCUGAAAAACACUUUUGCUCAGAAAGGUGCUAGUAUCUGCUUUUGGAUAAUGCACAUCAUUAAUGUCGUGGUGCUCUCUGCAAGUAGGAAAACCACACAUACACGCAUAAUUGAAAAAAAAAUCUUCAAACACUGGUAAAAAUGUAACAUUGCAAAAAAACAAAAACAAAAAAAAUCUACUGUGCAACUGCCGCAUUUUUAAGCGUUUUGUACUGUGAAUGGAAGUAACUCUCAAUGUUUAAUUGUAUAUAAUUUCAAAUAUUUAUCAUUUCUGUUGUGAUUGUUUUUGUUCAUUUUGUGUUAACGUACUGCAUAAUUAGUUUAACUCGUUUGUGUGUGUGUGUGUGUGUGUGUGUACAUGGCAAGAAAGAUAAAAAAAGAAAGAAAAAAACAUGGUGCUACAAUCUAACUCUGGACUGUGCCUAUUUAUAUUAUGAACAUCGUAUAAGAGACAGAUUCUUGGGUGCUUCUGUUGACCGGGACCUCGCGUUAUGUAGCACCAAGUGAAAAGCAAUCAGACGCUACAUUGAUCCGAAGCGUUUAUUUAUAAUUCUUUUUUUUUUUAACAACUGAAUUCUUACUUGAGCUGUAAAGUGGGGGUUCUGUCUCCACCGGUGCUGGCGUUUGGCCUCCUCACAGCCAAAGCCUUUUGUCCACCCUGCUUCCAGCGUUUAGAGCUUUUUCACGGGGUGAAAGGUCAUCUUUCAUAGGCACAGCUUACAGCAGGGUUGGGCGAUAUGACAGAAAUGUAUCAUGAUUCUCAAUAGCAUUUCUUAUACACAAAAGUAGGUGUUACAGGAUGUACAGUGACAGAACAAGCAUUCAGACUCUUAUUUAAUAUACAUCAAGUGCACAUACACACUGUCUGGUAAAAAAAAAAAAAAAACUUUUUUUUGUUGAGGUUUUCAACUUGGUCUGCAUACACAAAGCAACUAAAGAGAUAUCUGAAAUGAAUGGAAGGAUAGUACUGGACCAUCGACUUAAAAAACUCUUUCUUCACACAUAUAACAGUACACAGUUAAUAAGCAUUGAUAUUAGCAAUUACAUCUUUCUACAGUAAGAAGUAGUUAAAUUUUUUUGGGGCAAAUGUCUUUUCAGUUUCUCAAAAUUUGCUUUGAUGAACUUGCAUAAUAUUUUCAUAAUACUCCCAACAGUAUGCAAAGUCAGUGCCCUGAUUAAGCCAUGUUGGGUGUCCCUGAGAUAUUGUAUAUUGUUUCAGGUCAUUAUCUUGUUCAAAUCUCCAUCAUCUCCCCAGAUUCAAUUUGAUAUCUAAUGAGAUCAAAUCCUCACUAAGACUAAUGUCUCAGUACCGCCAUGCACGCCGCUCCCACCACCGUACUUCACUGUGGUUAUGGCGUUCCUGAGAUUACACAACAUACUUUACUUUUUCCCAACAUGAUGAGCUGAAUAAAUGCUAAAGAGUUGUCUAUUUCAUUCUUAAAGAUUUCUGAUUAGUUCAAAUGCUUGUGUGCAAAUUUCAGAAGUUGGAAACUUCAGUUUAUUUACUUGAACUUCCUGAUCAUUAAUCGGAGCGUCUGCGCUUUAAGAAACAUGGGAAACUGUCUGAAUGCUUGUUAGCCCUCACUGUGUAUGUCAUGGAAAAAUGUAAUUAUAAAAAUACACACCCAGGGAGGCCUAAAGGUCUGGAUCUGUUGGCAGAAAUGCAUGUAGAAGUGUAAAUUACAGCAAACGCUCAAAUUCUUCAAAUUCUUUUGACUUCAUGGGACUUCAUGGGUUUAUAUCCUAAAUGCAAGAUUGUUUCUUAAUGUAUCAGGUCUGGGGGCCAGGGUAGCUCAGUGGUUAAGGCAUUGGACUACGGUUCGGAAGAUCUCAGGUUCAAACACCACGUUGCCACUGUUGGGCUCUUGAGCAAGGCCCUGAACCCUCAACUGCUCAGAUGUGAAAUAAAAUAAAGUUUUUAAUUUAUGUAGCGCUUUUAACAAUGGUCCUUCACAGACUAGAAACGAAAAUUUCGGGAAAUUAAUUUGAAAUAUGUGAGGAAAAUAUGUAUUAAAAGAAAUGUCUGUCUGACAAUUAGGACAGUCUGACUUUAGAUUCUCACAAAGUAUCUGAAACCUUAAAGGGUGCUUGGUCUGUUUCUGUCCCUUCUUCAAUCAAAGCCAUCUUUGGUAUGAGAUUAAAAGAAGAAAGUUAUAAUUUUAUGUACGAAAUCAUGCCUAUGGAUCCAGACUUCUGCGUCUUUCUGUGUAUAUAAAAUAAAAAGCUUUUUUUUAUGUCAGUCUGUUUAAUUUAAAUUAGCAGCUUCUUGUUGGUUUGUAAAGUAAAAGGAAUCAAGUUCUUCUAACAGUUUAUUGAGAUCAGUGCUAUAUAAUCGUACCGCCCAUCCCUGCUUGUGUACAGCGGCUGUAACUGGUGUCGUGGGAUCACUCAAAUACAACUUUGUUUGUGAAUCUGUUUUAGUCCAUAAGAAAAAAUAAAUAAACAAACACCUAACCCAGGACUCUGUAACCACUCUCCUGACAUUCCCAAGUGUGAGCCUGUAAUCCGGAGUGAGGAAGAUCUCACAAAUGAUCUUGGUGUAUAUAUAUAUAGGCUAACGUUUCUAACGAAUGAGAGCCGGGUCUUUACUCCUCUCUUUGUGUUAUCCUCACAGCGAUGUUGAAUAGAGUACAGAGUUAUAAAUUACAGAUGUUAAGUUCUCUGUGAUGUCAGGACGUCGUGUAGAACAGCCAGAGCUUACGGUUAGGAUCUUACCAGCACUGUCUAUAUAUUAUGUAGUCAUUGUUCAGGUUAGUUGUACCAGUUUGUGUUUUGAUUGAUAUAGUUCUUUUAAUUAGAAUUUUAAGCUCCUGAUAGUUUGAAUAGACUUUAGACCAGUGAAUAAUGGUGCUCUCCUACACUUUAAACAAGGUGAAGUGCAGCUAAAUAUUUACAUACAGACAAGAUUUAAUCAACUCCCAUACAAGGUUUGCUCGUUGUGCUUUGUGUGUUGUUUCUUUCUUAUUUACAGCUUUCGAGGGUGAAAAUGAUAUCGGACUUCUCUAAAGCUUCAUGCGUGGAAGUGCUCGUGUAAUUCUCCUUAACAUGACCGUAGAUUAGGGUAGUGUAUACGUAUUUACUCAGGUACAUGGAAGAUUAGACUUGUACAUUUCAAGGCAACUUCGGUCUGUAAUGUUGGUAUAAAAAUGUAAAGAUGCGUUUAGAUCUGUAGUCUCAGGAAGAUGCCUUACUGGUUCGACCUCACAGGUUGUCUCUAAUAAAAAGGGAAAGAUUAUAAACAUCGCGCAUGAGUGGGUUUUGAGAAACAAUGUUCUUUCUUGCAUUCUUUGUAGAUGAUAAGGAUUUUCUCCCCUUUUCUAAUGUCUCCCAGCUUUCUCCCCACCACGUUUGUGUGACCUCUCUACCUGUACUUUCUCUUCACACUAAGUUAUAAAGAAAAGAAUGAUCGUAGUUCUAUGUCAAAGAAAAGUAACUCUGUUGCAUUGCUUUCAUGUUGAACGACCAAACUUCCACUCUCCACAUAGAACAGUAUAGGAUGAUGGUGCAAUAAGUCUUCACCAAUGUUCUAAUUGCUGUUGUUGGUGCUGGUUCUAUUGCUUAAUGAAGUGUUUCUAAUUAAAAUAAAAUAAAGUAAGAAAUAAUACAA